CAUUAUAGAUUAAGUCAGAGAGAGAGAGAGAGGAAGAAAACACAAACUAGAAGAGAGGGAGUGAUGGAAUCAAUCUUCUUCUUCUUACUUGCAACUUCUUCUUGCUCCUUGAGUGGAGUGGAUUUUCAAUGAAGCUCUCCCAAGGUGUUUCCCUCUCUAAAACACUCAAAACCCUAUAGUUCUCACUUCAGGUCAGCUCUUCUUUAUCAAGUUGAUAACAUCGGAUUUGCACAUGUUUGCACCCUCGUUUCUUGAUCAUUUUGGAUUGAGUUUCUGCUUUCUUGGACUAUUUUGAGCUAGGUUGUGUUCCUUUGUCACAUUUCAGGUCCUAGCAUGUGAAUUGAAGCAUAGGCGCAAGUUUCAAGUCAAUCGGAGAUCAUUUGGCAAUCCGGGAGAAGAAACACGAGCAUGACCUGAGGAAUAAUGGACUUCUAACUCAUAUUAUGGAUAAAUAAUCAUGGAAUUUUGUCAUGAAAAUAAAGAGGACGAGACUUCGAGCGUCUGGGAUCAAACGGCGACUGAUUUGGAGUCCGGACGAGGGAGAAACGAAGCAUUAAACAGAGGCUGAGCAAGCUACACGGGCACACCUAAAAACCCACACGGCCGUGUGACCUGGCCAUGUGGCCGUGUGGGAUUUACCGAGCACUCACACAGGCAUCUUGGGGAGCCACACGGCCGUGUGGCCCCUGCCCGUGUAGCUUGCCUGGUUGCUUAUUAAUCGAAACUCCGCGUUUUGGCACUCACAUGGGCAGCUGGGUAAGCCACACGGCCGUGUGGCCUGGCCGUGUGAGUCGGGAAAUUCUGGGUUUUAACCCAAUUUCGAGCCAAAGGAGAGGGAGAGCUGGGUUUUGGUUCCCAAACACCUAAAGGACGAACCCUAGAGAGAGAGAGCGACUUGGGAACAUUCUUGGAGCUAUUUUGGAGGAUUUCUUCGCCAUUGGAGCUCGGGAAUCAAGCUUGGAGAUGGAGAUUGAAGAUCAAGAUCAGAUUUCUGCAGUCUCUCUCUUCUCUAUGGAGUAACUUCCCUUCACUUAGGUUUUGAGGAACCCUAGUUCCAUGUGUUAGGAUCUUUCUUGUAUGAAGUUUUGGAUACUAUAUUGUUUGAUUAUAAUUGAUUGAGGCAUGAUUUAUAGAGUCAAUUGAAGCCUGAUCAUCUUCUCUUGAUUUCUGCUUUAACCUAUGAUAGAUAGAAUCUGAUUAGGUUAAGAGAGCUUCCUUGAUUGAUAGUGGUGAAUUGGUUGUGCGAGAGUCAAUUAAUUCACUGCUUUGUACUGGAAUUCAUUCCAGUUGUGGAGAUCUGUGUGAAUCGCCUUAGCAGUCUAUCCCGGUGAAGGCUAGUCGCCUGCCGGGUAUUCUGUCCAAGAGGGCUUGGUCAGCUUAAGAGAUUCCAAGCUAAUUUAGGAUCUUCCGCAGUUUAAUCAACAAUAGAUCAACCAAAAGUAAUUGCAACUUGGACCUAAUUGAGGAUCUAGGGGGAAUCAUACCUAAGUGAGUUCCCAAAUUGUAAUUAGUAGAGUAGUUAGUAGAGUAGUUUAGUAAAUCAAUCCUUAAUCUAGUUUGCUAGAUAAUGAACUGAAGCUGAGUAAUAGUAACUCUAGAGACCCGUGGAUUCGAUAUUUAUUACUUGUGCCACUAUACUGCAGUCCCUUUCAUUGGUUACACUUGGCCAUUGUUAGGUGUUGUGUCGUAGCGUGUAAAGUUUUUGGCGCCAUUGCUGGGGACUUUCUAGAUUAUUAGGAAAGGCAGAAGUUUGUUACUUUAGCGUUUUUCUUUUCUUUUCCACCCUUGCUUUUCACUUGGGUGUUUUCGUUUUUGUUGGUGCAGAUCUGAAUCAUGGAUCCUCAUGGCUUCUCCAACCAUUGGGGGUAUCCACCACCAUCUGAGUGGUAUUACCCCGAGACCCCCUGGAGCAAUCAAGGAGGAGAAGACUAUGGAUUUGGGUUCCAGUACCAACCCCCUUACUACAGAGAACAAUCAGACCCCUGGGCAUAUCAAGAACAACCUCAUUGCCAAGAAGACUUUCUCCCACAACCAGAAGGGCCAUCAGAUCUGGAGUUAGCCAUGGAGGCCUUCACGGGCCACUCUGCAGAGCCAUGCUACACUUCACUUGAAGAUCCAAACAAAAAAUUAAGGCUUCUCGUGGAGCAGUUUGCUCGAGACACUGAGAGAUCAUGCUCCAAGAUGGAUCUUUAAAUCAAAGCCCUUGCCCCUUCCGAUCCCUCAUUUCUCCAUGAAAUGGAGGAGACUGUUCAGCGCUCAGCGAAGCAAACAGAGUGGGUGGAGCAAGUUUGCUCACAUCUUGCUCAAGAUCACCUUUCUGCUACCACGCUAGAAGAGGUGGAGGAUGACAAAGGCUACGGGGAUGUUGAGGAGCAUACAGAAGUUAUCACAGAGAACUCCCAUGAUAAUCAUGAUCAGGAAAGUCCUUUGGUUGCAGAUCACACAUUUCCUUAUUUCUUCUCUAACAUGCUGGGCCCGAGGGAGGAGAUGCAAGAUGAUCUCAUUGAAGAAAUUAUAUGGCGACUUGCUCUCCAAUCUGUGCUAGAAGAAGAAGAGCAAGAAAGGGUGCAGAAAGAAGUUGUGGAGGAUGACGAAAGUGAAGCAGGAGGAGUUCUUGAUCAUUUCCCAGGGGUGAUACCACAUGAAGAAGAAAGGGGGGUUGAAGAAGCAAUUAGCGUCCAGGCUGAGGACGGAGUUAAGGUGGAAGAGGCAUGCACCGGCCAUGAGUUACAUGUGAUAUCUCCACCAAACUUCGAGGAGCUGCUUGGCAAGGACCCAUUUGCAGUGUCUCUUUGCCAGACUAAGACCACGUCGACAUCGGUCCCCCUUGGUGGAAGCGAUGGUGGCCAAUCGAUGUUGUCAUAUCUAGUUUGGGGCAAUGAGACGAGAGAAUAGAAGAAGAGGUCUCGAGGGUGGAGACAUUAUCCGCAUCAAGUGCAUGAGCCUACAUCACCAGCCACACCACAUGCUCGUGACUUGAGACUCCACCUCAUUGACGAGAACCUCAACUUCAAGGAGGUUUUGGGGUGGACCGAAACUUAGGAGCCAUCGUCCGGCUCACGACGUGAAAGAAGCGCUUGUUGGGAGGCAACCCAACCAGUCGGUUUGCAUUUAUUUCUCUAUUUCUCCUCGGUUGAGUCAGUUUUUUUUAUUUGAUUUUAGAGUCAAUAACUCAACCUUUGUGAGAUUUUGUGUGGUGUUUGUGUUCUGACCACUCUCUCAUCCUGGAAUACACCGCCUGCCUCGUCCACCAUCAUUCACCCUUGAUCUGGUAACUUCGUUCUACCCUCCUUAUCUUUCCUCCAUUGAGGAAAAUGUCUUGCUUAAGUGUGGGGGGAUGUUCGAUUAUGUAUGCGGGUGAAUGUUUGGUUGUUUGCAUGCUUGGAGCCUAGUCCACUGUCCAAAUCUCGAGAUUUGAGGGCUCCAAGUACGGCUGUUUGAUCAUAUUGGCGCUGUGUUUUGAUUGGUGAAUUGAAUGGUUUUCGGAUUAAUGCAUGACAACUGGAUUGUGACUAGGACAACCUAUAAUGAUGACUGAGACGUGCAGUAGGAUUGUGUAGGGGUUCAGUUUUCAACUGUUUGCUUACCAACUGUGACUUGGAUGGAUCACUUGUUCUUGACAGUCUUUUAUGCAUCUAGUUCAGGGAAUCAGAAUGAGAGAUAGAGCAUAUAGGUAGCCAUGUGAGAUUUGAGACUGCUCGUUUCUUUCUUGCGCGAUAGUUCCCUCUUCCAUAAUGUGUAGCAUUCACGUUGUCAUUAGCUAAGAUGAUGGAGGCAUAGGAUUAGCCCACGACCAAAUUGACUGUCCUGAUGUGUCAUAUCCUCUAGUCAGCCCCUUUGAGCCGUGUGUUAUCCUUUCUUUCAGUCUACAAUGAAAAAUCACCCUUUUGCAUCUUUUAGAAGGUUCCACAGAGUGGUUUUUACAUGUUCUCUGCUGUUUCUGCUAAAUAUAAUGUGAGGGUUGGAGGUAGUGCUUAAAAGUUGGGCAUAUGUUUGAAAUAUGUGCAGAGGUGGUGGUUCUCUUAAGGAAUGAAAAAAAAAAUGAAAGAAAAAAAAUGAAACCCUUUUGCAUCUUUUAGAAGGUUCCACAGAGUGGUUUUUACAUGUUCUCUACUGUUUCUGCUAAAUAUAAUGUGAGGGUUGGAGGUAGUGCUUAAAAGUUGGGCAUAUGUUUGAAAUAUGUGCAGAGGUGGUGGUUCUCUUAAGGAAUGAAAAAAAGAAUGAAAUAAAAAAAAUGAAAGAAAAAUAGAGCCACUACCAAAAAUCUGAAUAGUGCCCAUUAAGUAGUGUUUCUUAGCAGUCUGGCUUGGAAAUGCUGACAUUUAUAUAACCUCCUUCGCUCGUGUGCUCGUAAGAAUUUGAGUAAUGCAGAAUGGCAGAAAGAAAGUAAGUGGUUUGAUUGACUGUGAUUGUGUUGGGUUUGGAAUUGUGGAACCUUGUGCUACGAAUACUUCCACCACCUAAAAGGCCUUUUCCCCAUGUCCAAGACCCUAGCCAGUCAUCUGAACCUGUGUCUAAGACCUCCGGAUUACUUAGUGGUGACACCUCAUAUGUGAACUCUAACAUUUAGAGGCUGCCGUCAUGGUGAAGAGACGUUAGGAAUUGAGAGAAUAAGUAUGCGCAUUUUUC